GCCGCGCUGAGAGGACGCGCGCCCGCCGCCGCAUGUGACUUAUCGAAACUUUUCACUAGUAUGCCAUGUUCGGACUUUGAGGUGUUUGCCGAAAAAGAUGAAGGCGUGGACUGCGACAGAGCAGGACACAUCGUUGCCCUGCUGCCGCACGCUGCACAUCAAGCAUGCAGCGUAUGCGAGCGCACUCUAUACUUUGAAUAUAUCAAUACUAGUGGUGCUGUUAUAUAGCUGGAGGAUUGGCGUGAAUGCCAAACGGUAUAAGGAGUUGGACGAUGUAUAUUAUGGUGUACAGAUAGCGUAUUUUGCAAUUAUAGGAACCCAAAUGUUCAUGAUUGUGCUCAGCAUAAUCUUGUUCUACGGGAUUUAUAAAGAAAACGUGGCGUUCUUGGUCCCGUGGGUGGUGGGCUGCAUGACCUUCAUGGCAUUAGAAGCCAUGGCUAUGGUUUACUCCAACAUACUAAGAGAUCAUGUGAACAGACAAUUCGACGCUAUGUGCAAAGCAGAGAUAUCCUUUUUAAUACCAAGAAUUCUUCUAAAUUGCCUCUGCAUCUGGUGCGUGCUUCGGCUGUACCACCUGCUUCGAGCCGGCGUCACUUGGAAGGGCGCCGCCGCCAUUGAGCUGUGACUAUUGGACGAAAACUCUCCUAGGGGGCCUCGCGAGUCGACCUUACUACUUGGAGGGGCUGAGAGCGACACUGACGCUAGUCUGCACUCGCUAUGACUUAGUGUCUUUGUGACGUUGAUCUGUAAAUAUUGGACUAAAACCAACUAAAACUAAUCAUGUUUGUAUAAUCGAGGUGUGACUAUUGGACGAAAACUCUCCUAGGGGGCCUCGCGAGUCGACCUUACUACUUGGAGGGGCUGAGAGCGAUACUAGCGCUAGUCUGCACUCGCUAUGACAGUGGCUAUAUUACGUUGAUCUGUAAAUAUUGGACUAAAACCAACUAAACUAAUCAUGUUUGUAUAAUCGAGAUGUGACUAUUGAACGAAACCUCUCCGAGGGGACCUCGCGAGUCGACCUUACUACUUGGAGGGGCUGAGAGAGAUACUAGCGCAAGUCUGCACCCGCUAUGACUUAAUGGCUAUAUUACGUUGAUCUGUAAAUAUUAGACUAAAACCAACUAAAACAAUCAUGUUUGUAUCAUCGAGAUGUGACUAUUGAACGUAAACUCUCCGAAGGGCCUCGCGAGCCGACCAUACUACUUGGAGGGGCUGAGAUACUGACACUAGUCUGCACUCCCUAUGACUUAGUGUCUUUGUAACGUUGAUCUGUAAAUAAUGGACUAAAACCAACUAAAACUAAUCAUGUUUGUAUCAUCGAGAUGUGAAUAUUCAGCGAAAACUCCCCAAGGGGGCCUCGCGAGUCCUCCGUACUACUUGGAGGGGCUGAGAGUGAUACUGACGCUAGUCUGCACUCGCUAUUACUUAUUUUCUUACUAACUAAUAUUAGACAGUUUGAGAGCAAUGACUAUUGGACGAAGACUUUGACUCGUUCUGUAUUUGUACCAUUGAGUAGUAAAUAUUGGAUAAAACUACCUCCAAGAGCUUCACGACAUCUUCUAUAACCUAACCACAAAAUUAAAAUUUUGAAAAAACCUCCGACUGCGACAGUCUAAGAAAACUCCCGACUAAUUCAGCUUUCAGACAAAAAAAACUAAAUCUAAAUCGGUUCAUCCGUUCGG